AGCGCCGCUACAUGUUCUUUUUCGGGCAGCCAGCGCCGACGGACACUGUCAGACCGUGUCAUGUUUGUCAACGUGUCGGCGCCCCCCUCCCCUCUCGCACCGUAGCCGGACCCCCGCCGCCCCCCACUCCACCAAACCCCACCCCCCGCACGCGCGCGCGUGCUCGUGCGCCAGCCAGCCUGCCCGUGUGUCCCGACUUUCUGUGGCGGAUCGCGAUGGACGUGCUGUGGAUGGCGCCGCUGCUGCUGCUGCUCCCGCUGCUGCUGUGGACCAGCAGCGCGUUCGUUUUCUAUUUCAAAAAGUGCUUUUACGUCGCCUGGAUGAUGUGCCUGGCCCUGGUGGCCAUCCCGCUGAGCAUACUGAAGAGCGGCGGCAGGGACGUAGAAAACAUGAGGAUUGUCCGGUUCCUGGUUCGCCACGUGAAGUACUUCCUAGGUCUUCGGUUUGAAGUGAGCGGUUCAGAGCAUCUGCAGACAGAGGGACCCUAUGUCAUCAUCUCCAACCAUCAGAGUUCCCUGGAUGUACUGGGCCUGAUGGAGAUCUUACCAGACCGCUGCACCAUGAUUGCCAAGAAGGAGUUAGUCUACGCUGGUACCGUUGGCCUCAUCUGCUGGCUGGGCGGCAUCGUCUUCAUCAACCGCAAGAAGACGAGCGACGCCAAGAGCGUCAUGGCUGACGCUGCCAAAACUAUGUUGGACGACCAGAUUCGUCUGUGGGUGUUCCCAGAAGGAACGAGAAACCAGAGAGGCGACCUGCUGCCCUUUAAAAAAGGUGCUUUCCACCUGGCAGUGCAGGCACAAGCGCCCAUCAUUCCCAUCGUUUUCUCCUCCUACAACAACUUCUACCUACGGAAAGAAAAGCAGUUCAAAUCAGGGACCAUCCGAUUGAAGAUCCUUCCAAAGAUCGAGACGAAGGGGAUGACGUCAGAUGACGUGGCGUCGCUCUCCGACAAAUCCUUCAACCUGAUGCUCUCUGCCUUCCGGGACAUCUCUGCCCCCGUAACCCACAGCAACGGGCCGUUGAGGCACUGAACAUUCACCACGCUCCGGCCUCUCUUUCUCCUAUGUGAGAACCUAUUUGAGACCCGACCCGCACCCCAGACCUCCCCCCCUCCCCCCCAGGUGGUCCCAUUUACCUGGCCAGGAAACUACAUGACGCAGGUCUCUUGUCAUGAAAUCUCUUCUGGUCCAGUCCGCAUCUUGGCCUGCCCCAUACAGCACAGGCCGUCCCGACCCUCACUGUCUGCAGCCGUGAGCGGAGUGACGGACGGCGAGCCCAACAGUAUGGAUGUGUAUUGUUCUUCAUGCAUGCCUUCUGGACGGCUCUGUCCACCGUCCACCUUGCUUUGGAAGCCUGUUUUAGUUAUUUUCUUAAUUUACCACCAUUUGCUUUUUCUUUUCCUUUUUUUUUGGCCUUUUUUUCUUUUGCUCCUCUUACUUUCUUUCGAACAUAUAAACCCGUUCAUAAAUGUCAGAGGCUAUUUAUGUGUUUCUCUCAUGCGGCCUUUGUUUUAGUUAUCUUUGGACACAAACACACGUUCAACAUACCCCAUCUCCUUCCUUUCCCUCUUUCAGCAUUCCAGUUUCUUGCCUAAAGACAAAAUGAGUGGGGUCUCCGAGCAGCGGAGAGCGCGGGGAGGUGAGGGGUCGACACCAGUCGGCCGUGGACUUCUUUAGUUCUGUCGCUGUAAAUUAAACUCCGUCUCCGCGUCGGCUCUCUGAACUCUUACGACCAAUAGCUCCGUGACAUCGCCUAAUGAUGCCGGAAGGCGAGGAAUUCAAGGUUACGGGAUGCAGUGGAAAAACAAUGGCGCCCAUCUGUACUGGAUUAAUGGACCCAUCGGUUUUCAGCGUUGUCUAUGUACCAUUGUGCUUUUUCUUUCAGUUUGUCUCUCCAAAGGAUUGGAAAUGACCCGAGUGCAGCAUUAAGCAGCGAGUGUCUUUUGGCUGAAUUCAGUGUUUUUUGUUCUCUAUUUAUUUCCAUGUCAGAUAGUUUUGUCAGUUGUUUUUUAUAUGUGAUCUGCUCCUCGGAGGAAACUCACAAGUGAACCUAUUUUAAGAUGUGUCAAAAAAAACAACAAAAUUUUUUUUUCAUGAAGUGCAAUGUCCAAUGUUUUUUAACAUGACUGUUCCAAAGUGCAAGCCACCUGCUGUGCCAUGACGACGUGGUUUCUGGGAGGUUUCCAAUGCGAGUCCUACUUCCCGACUGACGGCGACCUUCUGAAUCACGAUGGCGAUUUACCAAGAAAAGAGUUAGUGUUACCGAUUAUAUCAGGUGGUUCUCGCUGCAAGAAAGAGGUGAGGAAUUAUUUAGAUCUGAAGAAUCGUUUUCGCUUGGUCUGAUUAUUUCGUUGAUGUACUUGACGAUUCACUAAUUACUAACACCCAAACAUUCUCAACUCUGCAUCUCAGAAGAGUGUGAUUACAUCAGAUGUAUUUUUAAAUGGAAAUGUUAAGGUUGUUUUUUUUUUAAUUAAUAUGAAAGUAAAUAACAUUGUUUUUGUUGUGAUCUUCAGUUUCAGUUAUUACUUAACCUCAUAGAGAAAAUUUUGAUUAUUAUUAUUUUUUUAAUAAUAAUGGGAAUUUUGGCCUUAAGUUUGAUUGGUGGUUGUUGUUGUUGUUGUUUUUGCUGCACUUUGGAUUGUUCGGCUUGUUUGCUCAUGAUCACUUUUUGUUUUUGUAAUUUGUACGGACGGCGACCUCUGUCCACACCGAAUUGACUGAAUUGCUUUUUAAGUUUACAACCAGGUCUUACCCGCUGCCUUUACAUGGUUCUCAGAAUCACUUCUUUCGCCCGUCAAACACCAUCUGAGAAUGUAUUUCAGAUAGAUUAUUGUACCAAUUGCAACUUUUAUUCGAAGCCUGUACACUGCUGUUCAUAUUUCAGCGCGUCACUAGUUUUUCAGAUACCUUUAUUCAUGUUCAAGGCUGGUAUAAAAUAUAACAACCCCCCCCCCCCCCCAUACUCACACUAAUGAUGAUAGAACAAAUUCUGUAAUUUGUUCUUAGUUAAAAUAUAUUUAUUGACUUUUUGUUAUCAGUAAGAGCCGCUUUUACCUUCGCAACAAGUCAUUUGAAUGUUUAAAAUGUACUUCACCAAAUUGGUUUCAUCCCAAAAAAUUAUGAACUGUACCAUUGAUUAUUAUAAUUUUUUUUUAAACUGUUCAUUUCUUGGUUACUUUGUAAUACAAAUGUGUGAUUUGUUUCAUGGCCUUGAACCAAACCGCCGGCCAACAGGCUCUGCAAUAACCCUGCUAUUUUUAUGUUUAUUUUUAUUUUUGUUAUUCCCCCAUUUUACAAACUAAUAUGUAAGAUAUUGGGGUGAAAACGAUUCAAAGUAUUCUAAACCUUAAUAAAGCAGUUUUCAUGCUGAGUUUGGGUUGAAAAACAAAAA